UUUGUUGUGCUUUGUCAGGUGUACAAUUGUUUAUUCUUUGCAUUUGUUUGAUCAUGAAUGAAUAUGUACAGCCAAUUACAGUUGUUUCACAUGCUGAAAUGGCUGGUUAUGCUCUAGGUGGCGUAAAACUCCUCACUCUAUUUCAAUCAAGUUGACACAAAAGAUCUUUGUGACUCAUUACUUUGUUCAUAAAAUGGAGGUAAAUAACAUGCUACAGCAUGAUUAAUCUUUCGAUGUUACCAUCAGCAUAUAAACCUGUCUAGGUAUCGGCGUUGUCACCUACGACCGGCGUCUGGGCUACCUCGACCCCGACAUUGACGAUUACCCACAGAAGCUGCAGAUCCUAGCCGACAUCAAGGCAGUCCUGGAGCUCGUCAGUGACAACCAACACGUUCCCGAGUUUAUCACCAGAUAUCUGCCACUGAAGGAGAAACGAGAGUAUAAAACAGUCGCAGAUCGCCUGGUCAGUAAGACAACUUUGAAUAUCAACUUACGUACAUCACAGCGUGUCAAUAUGUGGGACGAAUGUCAGAACUGAUGCCUAAACACAUUAUGAAGCUGACGAACCUGGAUGCAUACAGCAAUGCCAGCGCCUUUUACGAAAAAGCCAUGGAGGACAUCAGCAGGGGGAUCCAAGAGGGCACAUUGACUCCAGAAGAAGACAGCUUCAUGCAGUCUCUGAUACUGACGGACAAGAUGUCAGUUGGGGACAUGGUCGCAAUCUGUAUGGAUCUCUUUAUUGGAGGAACAGAUUCGACCGCCCGCAACCUGCAGAUGAUACUGUAUAACCUGGCCCUCAACCAAGACAAGCAGCAGAAACUGUAUGAGCAGAUCCUGAGUGUCCUGGGACCUUCAGGCCCUCUCACCGGAGACGCCAUCAGCAAGAUGCCCUACAUGGCAGCAUGUCUCAAAGAGUCCUUCAGACUGACAUUCCCCAUCGCAUCUGGCACUCAGAGAUACAUGCCGGAGGACAUAAUCCUGCAGGGUCACAGGAUCCCCAGGGGGACAUCGCUGAUAAUGAUGAACCAGAAAACUGCCAAAGAUAUUAAAUAUUUCCCCGACCCAGAGAGUUAUCUCCCCGAGCGGUGGGUGAGGGACAGUGAAGGCAAACGAGCCAAUCCUAUUCCACCAUCUGCCUUGCUACCGUUCGGCUUUGGUCCAAGACAGUGUCUUGGGAAGAGAUUUGCUGAGCAGGAAAUAUACCUGGCAAUUACAAAGAUAAUACAGAAGUUCGAUGUGUCGUUGGAACCAGGACAAAAUGAAAUUGAGAUACAUUACCGUCCUUUCGUCGGGACCAAAGAACCCAUCAGAUUCAAAUUCAAGCAAAGGAAAUCGUGAGCCAUCCAUAUCACUUGUGUCCAACUGGGAUCAGAGAAGUGUUACCGACCGUCUGGAUUGGCAUGGGUUGCGAGCUCGGAGUUUUUUUGUUGCCACAUUAUUAUUAUUGAUCUAUUACAGUCAAACCUCAAUCUCUCGAACUCGGUUGAGACGAAUUCUCGGUUGUGUCGAACUCAUCUCUCGCCUUUUCAGUUUAACACCAAAUCCGGUUAUAUUUCAAUAUAAUUUGUUAAUUAUUCAA